AGAUUCUUCGUCUCAAUAAACCCAAAAAGGGUCUCUCCACCACCGCCCUAUAGGCGAUUGCCCACCACCAACUCUGCCUCUUUUGUUGUGGUAUUGACAAUUUGGUCCCUACACGUGUUGAUCAUCGUUUGGAAACAAACACAUCCAAAUCGAAUGCCACAAAUCGAACUCACAGUUGUUCUGAGUUCUCGAUUCCUCUAUGACAAGUGCCAACGGCGUCGGUUGUGGUUGGUAACCGUCAUCGUCUAGCGAGUGAACACCGUUGGCUGAUUGUCUCUACCAACUCGAUUCAGGUGACUUCGGUUCUUCAUAAGAGUCUCCAACACCGGCGACGAAGGCGGUCGGUAUGGAUGACUCAUAAUAUCACCUUUCUUCCCAUCACCGUCGGUAGUCUAUUGAUUUCAAUUUUGGGGGUUCAUGGAUUUAAAUUCCCGCUUUAAUUCACGAAGGUUUCAUAGAUUUCGAUGCUUUUUCCGUUUCUUUUGUCAAGAUUGAGGAAUCAUGGGUUGAUGGUUGUUGGCGAUUUCGAUUAUCUGCUGUGUCGGGUUUAUGUUCGUAGUCUGACCGACGUAUAUGAAGCUAAUAUUUAAUGGGUGUACAUCUUUUAUUAGACAGGGGUUUUGCCAUCUCAAAACUGCCAUGGGACUAGCGACUGAAGGAGGCCGUGAUUUUGGUGCACCCUGCAACUGCAGAGGGACAUCAGAGUAUGUUCAUCGACAUUGCCUUCAUCAUUGGCAUGUGGUGAGGGUUGGUGUAUACAAAGAUUUAAUAGUAUUCGUUGAAGGUAAAGAUGAAGUAUACAAAAGCAAAUAUCCUCUUUCAACAGUUUUGUAUAUUGGUUAG